CAUCUAGGGCGCCCGCGGGUCAGACUUGCCACCGCGAACGCUACUGCCGGAGCCAUGUACCGCAGCGGCUCCCGCUCCUCCGGCUCUUCACAUCGGCCUAAAGAGAGCGGCGGGAGCUGCCCGCGCACCGGCCGCGGCUCCGGCUCCUCCUCAGGCCCGGCUCGCCGCACGUCGCCGCCCUGCGGCUCCUCCUCGUCGCGGACCCCGGCCCGCCGGCCCCGCUCGCCUUCAGGGCACCGCGGCCGCCGGGCUUCGCCUUCCCCGCCACGGGGUCGCCGCGGCUCCCCGUCACCACCCCGCGGCCGCCGGGCCUCGCCGUCCCCGCCGCGGGGUCGUCGCGUCUCCCCGUCCCCACCGAGGGCCCGUCGCGGUUCCCCGUCGCCGCCGCGGAGCCGACGACUCUUCCCUCCGGGCCCGGCGGGUUUCCGAGGCAGCAGCCGUGGGGAGUCCCGCUCCGACUUCUCCCGGGACGGCCGCGGAGACCAUCCAGGCGACAGCGGCAGCCGGAGACGUUCUCCUGGUCUGCGAUCUGAUUCUUCUUUGGAACAGAGCUUAAGGAUCACUGUUGGCAAUGACCACUUCUGUGUUGGCAUUCCAGAACGGCGGCGGCUUAGUGAUCGACUGGGUUCACCAGUGGAUAAUCUGGAGGAUGUGGACAGGGAUGACUUGACUGAUGAUUCUGUCUUCACGCGAAGCUCUCAAUGCUCUCGAGGUCUUGAAAGAUAUAUUUCCCGGGAUGAGGGGCCUCUCAGUCCCUUUUUGGGACAGCUUGAUGAGGACUACCGAACAAGGGAAACUUUCCUGCAUCGUUCUGAUUAUAGUUCUCAUAUCACUUGUCAUGAUGAGAUGUUGCAUGGAACAGAACGGAGUAGAGACAAACUCAAAGGUUCCUACUCUAUACGACCUGAGGAAAGGAGCCGGGAGGCCAAACGGCCCCGUUAUGAUGACACAGAGAAGAUGCACAGCCUGGGUAGUGAUCACCCAAAUUUUACAUCAGGAACCCGCAACUAUAGACAGCGUAGACGGAGCCCAAGCCCUAGAUUUCUAGACCCUGAGUUUCGAGAGCUGGACCUUGCCAGGAGAAAACGAGAGGAAGAGGAAGAGCGAAGUAGGAGCUUGAGUCAGGAGCUGGUGGGAGUUGAUGGUAGCACGAGCUGUCCCAUCCCUGGAUUAUCAGGUGUCCUAACAGCAUCAGAGCCAGGAUAUUCUUUACAUCAGCCUGAGGAAGUAUCUGUGAUGCCGAAGAAAUCGAUUCUGAAGAAGCGGAUUGAGGUGGACAUGGAGCCUUCCGUGCAGCUUGAGAGUUUUUCCAGCAAUACCAGCUCCAGCCAGGAUCACCCUCUGUACUCUGGACAUCCAUCUGUUCCACUGAGUGGUGCUAUUGCUGCUUUUGCUUCAGAGAUUGAAAGCAACAAGGGAACUAUGGUAGAUACUACCCUGAAGGAAUCUCAGGGCAACCUCUACCAAUGGGGUCCCCUCCCUGGGAUGCCCAAAGACAACAGUCCUCUCAGAGAGAAGUUUGGAAGUUUUCUGUGCCACAAGGAGAAAUUGGAUAUGAAGGCUGAGGGACCUGAGCGACACACAGACUUCUUGCUUCCCCAUGAGAGAGCUAGCCAAGAUGGCAGUGGUUUUUCCCGCAUUCUGAGCAUGUUGGCAGAUUCUACCAGUACACAGGAAAAAAGACGACGUAGCUUCCCUGACAUUGAAGAUGAAGAGAAAUUUCUCUAUGGAGAUGAAGAAGAGGAUUUAAAGGCAGAAUCUCCACCAAAGCCCCUCGGGGGUUCUGAGAGUGAAGUUAUGAGGCAGAAGGCAAGCUCCCUGCCCACGUCAGCUCCAGCUGUAAAGCUAGAAUCAAUAGAAGAGUCCAAUCCAGAAUAUGCCAAGAUUCAUGAUUUGCUCAAAACCAUAGGCCUGGAUAUUGGGGUAACAGAAAUUAGUAAACUGGCUGCGCGUACCCAGGAACGACUUCAUGGCAAGAAGCCAUCACGUUCCUCCACUGACCGCCGUUCUUCAGUUGACCGGCACUUUUCAGCAGACCACUGUUCCUCAGUUGACCGCCGUUUCUCAGCUGAUCGGUGUUCCUCAGAUCCUCACAAAUUAGAGAGCAGGGAGGCACACCAUAGCAAUGCUCAUUCCCCAGAGGUGUCCCAUCCACAUCCAGUCUCCCCUGUGGAUCCUUACCUGCUCACAAAAAACAGCCCCCCAUUCCUAAAGUCUGACCAUCCAGUGGGUCAUAUUGCAGGACCAGAAGUGGUUGGCAGUGGGUUUCAGUCAUCUGUUGCAGUCAGGUGCCUAUUGCCAUCAGCCCCAUCUGCCCCAAUUAGACUUUCACACCCUGCUUCUUUAUCUCAGUUUCAUGUGCCAAGGCCCUCUCAGUUUGCUGCAGCUCGGAUACCUUCAAACUACCAGGGACCUGCCAUUCCCCCUGCUUCCUUUGAUGCCUAUAGGCACUACAUGGCAUAUGCAGCCUCUAGGUGGCCCAUGUACCCCACCUCUCAACCAUCAAAGCAUCCUCUGCCUGAACCACACCGGGUAAUGCCAGUUACCAAGCAAGCUACUCGUAGCCGUCCCAAUCUCCGUGUGAUCCCCACUGUGACUCCUGCUGAGCCCAAGCAGGAGGAGUCAGUGCUGAGUUCAAUUCCUACUGCCCAAGUGCCUGUCCAGGUGUCCAUCCCAUCACUCAUAAGAUAUAAUCCGGAAAAGCUCUCUGAUGAAAAGAAUCGUGCUUCCCAGAAGCAGAAGGUUAUUAAAGAGAGGGAAAAGCUAAAGAGUGACCGGGAAGCUCGGCAGAAGAAGAUGUACUAUCUCAGGACCGAGUUGGAGCGACUUCAUAAACAACAAGGGGAAAUGCUGCGCAAGAAACGAAGGGAGAAGGAUGGCCACAAAGACCCACUCCUGGUGGAAGUGAGUCGACUUCAGGAUAACAUUAUGAAGGACAUAGCAGAACUUCGACAAGAGGCAGAAGAGGCCGAAAAGAAACAAUCUGAACUGGACAAAGUGGCUCAGAUCUUGGGAAUUAACAUUUUGGAUAAAUCCCAGAAGUCUUCAAAUGACAGUAAAGAGCAUACAGAGAAGCCUGGGAAAGCAGAAAAAUCUAAGAGCCCAGAAAAAGUAUUAUCAUACUCAAACUCUUUGAACAGCAAGGACUCAAAGGUAAACAAUGAGAAUUCUCAUACUAAGAGCCCCAAGCCUGCGGAGAGCCCCCAGCCAGCUGCUAAGCAAUCUGAUCAGCCCAUUGCUGCGUAUGAGUAUUAUGAUGCUGGCAAUCAUUGGUGCAAGGACUGCAACACCAUCUGUGGGACCAUGUUUGACUUCUUCACCCAUAUGCACAAUAAGAAGCACACACAGACACUGGAUCCCUACAACAGACCUUGGGCUUCAAAGACCCAGAGUGAGGCCAAACAAGAUACUGUAAAGCGCACUGACAAGAUAACUGUUCCUGCGAAAGGCUCUGAAUUUCUGAUUCCCAUCACUGGAUAUUACUGCCAGCUCUGUGAAGAAUUUUUGGGGGAUCCAAUUUCUGGAGAGCAACAUGUGAAGGGUCACCAACACAAUGAGAAAUAUAAGAAAUAUGUGAUUGAAAACCCAUUGUAUGAGGAGCGGCGGAAUCUGGACCGCCAAGCUGGCUUGGCUGUGGUCCUGGAGACAGAACGGCGACGUCAGAGUGAGCUAAAGCGCAAACUUACUGAGAAACCAAAGGAAGAGAAGAAAGAAAAAAAGGCAAAGAUCAUGAAAGAAGUAAAGGAAGAUGAGAAGGUCUCUGAGGAAUUAGAGGACCAACUCUCUGAGGGUGAGAACUCCCCUGAAAAGGCUGAAAACAAGAGGAAGCUUGGCAUCCAACUCCAAUUAAAAGAAGAAGUAAAGAAAGAAUCACCAGCAUCUUCUUCUUUUGGGAAAUUCAGUUGGAAGAAGCCAGAAAAAGAGGAGGAAAAAUGUUCAGUGGUCCAGAGUAUUCCCAAGGAAGAGAUAGAAGGCAGUAAGGACAAAGAGGAUGUUAAAGCUGAAGCUGGGAAGGCAAAGCCCAUCAAAAUCAAGCUCUCUGGGAAAACUGUUGUUGCACAUACUAGCCCUUGGAUGCCUGUUGUGACAACUUCAACCCAGACUAAGAUCCGACCCAACCUGCCUAUCCCAUCCACAGUCCUCCGCAAGUCAGGGUCAACCACAGUCAGCAAACCAGCUCCUCUUAACACCUUUCUAUCCAUCAAGUCUUCUGGAACCACUCCUAAGCCUUUGCCCGUGGUUAAAGAGUCUUCAUCUGAUCUCCUCUUACCACCCGACAUAAUCUCCAAAGCAUUUGGAGGGGAAGAGGUGAUUCUAAAAGGGUCUCCAGAGGAAAAAAUGGUGCUGGCUGAAAAGAAUGAGCCAUCCCAUAUACCUGAACAAAUGCUCCUACCUCCUCCACCACCUCCUCCGCCCCCACCCCCACCACCUCCAGUUAUACCUCAUCCAGCUGCAGCUGCCCCUUCUUCUGCUCAAGCAAAGGCUGUCUUGGCUCCAGUAAAAUCAAAUCCAGCUGUAUCUCACACUCUUAACUCUUGCUUCCUGGGUCCUAACAUUUUGAAUCCAGUGUUGCCAGUAGCCAUCAUGGCCUCAGCACACCCAGCUGCCAUUCCUUCUGAUGAGACAGCUCCUGGGGUGAGUGAGAGUGACCGGGACCAGACCCUAUUCUCUGUGUUAGUGCGCCCACCACCUCCCCUCUCAAGUGUGUUCAGUGAACAAGCCAAAAAAUUGGAAAAGCGAAAUUCAUGCUUAGCCACAGCCAAUGCUAAGGACCUGUAUGACAUAUUCUAUAGUAGUGGUGGAAAGGGGACUCCUGAGACUAAACUGAGUGGUGGUCCAUUGGCCAAUGGGGAAAACAGCAACUUCUCUAGAGUCGAAAGUUCAGACACAUUUUCCACUUCUACUUUGAACAACGGUGCAUCCCAAGAGGAGUUCCCUCCAGACAGAAGUUUGGUUUCUGCUCCUUCAGUUGGAAACCCUAAAAAACCUAUUGCAAAAACUCUGGUGUCCCUAGAGAAAUGGCCAGUUGUAGAACAUGUAGACUCAAAAAACAGAGGCAGUAGCUAUGGCUUCCUACAGCCUCUGACAAGGUUGUGCCAAAGCAAACCUUAUGAAACUAUUACCCCAAAGACAGACACUUUGGCUUUGUGGACUUCUACCUCCUUCCAGAGUGACAGUAAUAGGGUUGUAUCUCCAGAGGGGAAAAUUGAGCUUGACUUUGGAGAGCCAGGGCCACCAGGUGUAGGGCCAGCCCCUCAGCUGUCAGAUGUAUGCUGUAAUACCAUGGCAUCUCAGAAGUUGGUAGAAACCCACUGCAUGGAACCUGGUAACAAGGAUGAAAGCCAAGAGCACCACAAAGCUAAGGAUUGUGGAGAAAGUGAGAUAGAGACAAACGCUGAACUAAAACAAAGGGGAGCAAAGCUCCCUGAGAGGAUAGUAGGAAAGAGAACAGGCAUCAGUGUUGGGCCCAAUAACAUAGAGGAUUGUAAUUUGAACCAUAAGAGCAGAUAUAUGUGUGAGGGAAAAAUAGAACAGCCCAAGUUGCAAAUGACUGACAGAAAGACUGAACAGUCCAAGAAAUUGAUAACAGGAAGUGAAAUUCAGAGUGAAGUGAUUGAAUUGAAUGCACAGGCACUCUCUUCCACAAAGGCAAAAAUAGACUCAUUUCCACCAGAAGCUAGGUCUUUACUUCAGAACCCACAAGACACAGUUGUGAAAAUUUCUGCCCCAGAAUUACUUCAGUCCGCAGCCAGAUCAGAUACAUGUUUAACAGAUAGUGCACAGGAGCAAGAAGUUUCAACUGGUAGCGAGGAGUGCCUAGAAAAUUCAACUCCAGAAUCAGCUUCCAGGGCCUCAAGGUACAGAAGCCUCAAGAGAGAAAAAUCAAAAGAAAGUCAGGAUAAAUUGAUCUGUGACCUGGUUCUUUGGGAUGAGAACAAGAAGCCAGAAACCUGGAAGAGCCCAGAGAAACCAGAAGCAGAAGCCCUGGAGCUACAAGAUGGCCAUCCAGAAUUAACAAUGGCAAUAGAAAGCAAGGCCUUAGAAGACUUUGAAGUUACAGACUUGAAAGUAACAGAGCUUGCUGCCCAAGGGAACCUGGGAGAUAUGGUUGUUGAGUUCUGCAGUACUCCAGUAGACCCAGCACACAGAUCUCCAACCUCCCUGUCUCAGAAAGUAUGUGAAGAAAAUUCUGUGUCAACUGUAAGAUGUAAUCCCUCCACUCUCAAUGACUUUGAACCAAUCCCAUCCUUUUCUGAGUUUCCCUUAGAUUCUCCCAAAACCCAGGUGCUUAACUUCGGAGCAGAGGGUGAGCAAAAUUCAUCUAGUUCCAGAAGUGGGAGGAUCACUCCUAACAUUUUGAAAACUCAACUUCCUAUAGAAAAUGUUGACCUUGGCUUGGGGAGCCUAGAGGGAACACACCAACCCCUUGACCUGUUAGCAGGAGGAAUGAUGCCUGAGGAAAUAGAAGAAACUUCUCAAUUAGAGAAACAAGAUUCACUUGUGGAAUCAGAAACAAUUAAUCCUGCAGGCCUUGGGCCAUCUCCUUGCCUUCCAGACCUUGUUGACUUCGUCACACGGACAUCUGGAAUUCAAAAAGAGAAGUUAUGUUCUCAUCUGUCUAUGCCAGGUGAUGCUUCUGAGUGCAGCUCCUUGGAUGUGGGACCACUACAGCUAGAAACAGUGAAGGCAUCCAUCACAGAGGUAGCAAUUCCUCAAGUAAAUGAGGACAAUGACAACCCUUCAAGUUUAGUAAAAUCUUUGGCUUCAGAGGCCCCUACAAGGGAGCAGGUAGUUCGAGACAAUACUGUCCCUCAGGAAAUACCUACACAAGAAGCUGCAGUUGAUGCCAUCCAGGACCACACAGAAUCCAGUGUUCACAACUAAGAAUACAUAUCCAGAGCUACUUGUGGAUGAAUCAAAUUGGCUUCUAGAAAUCAGGUGCCCAGAUGAUCCAAGAUUACUUGGCUAUCUCAUCUGGAACCUACACCAUGAGAUGGCAGUCAGCAUCUUACAGCAGAUGUUCAUGGAAGCUAAAAAAUUUACCUCCUUUUUUCCUUUCUCCUUAAGAUACUAGACAAAUCAGUCAUAAUUUCUAUACAUAUCUGUAAAAAGAAGUGUUUUCUCUUGUUUUUUUUGUUUGUUUGCCAAUUUAUUUUCUCUUUGUCAUUAAAAUCAAAUGUCUAUCUGGCUCACCACAUAGUGUGCUUUGAUUGUAUUUUGCCUUUGACUCUGCCAUUUCUGGAACGUGGGGGAGGAGGAAGACAGCUGACUUCUCCGAUUGCUGUGUUGUAUCUCCACCUAAUUUUCUGGGCAGCUUGAUGGGUCUUUAGGAAAAACACCAGAAAGCCUGCAGAAAUGGAAAACCGAUGAAGGAAGGAUUGUUCAUCUCUUAGGUUUCCAUUUGGAUGGGCCUGCCUUAACAUUGUUUGAAAUGCAGUGUGAGUAGCUCUUUUGUUUACUGUUUACUUCCUUGUGGCAUGUCAACCCCCAAUGCUUUCCUUAUUCUGUUGCUUUUGCCUGAAAUGGCCCUGAUAACCAACAAACCUGUUUGGAAAUCACCUCAGUAAACAUGGAAGAAAAUCUAGCGGGCUCACUUUUGGAGGACAACAACUCGGUAAGGCUUAUUCAUGGCUCAAUGUCAGGAACAGAUAUGCUUUUUUUGGGUCACUUUUAUUUUCGAAAUGGCUUUUGUUCAUUGUAUUGUGAUGGGGUUAAAUUGCUUAGCAGCCAUUUCUGUUCUGAAAAGGUAGAAGAUCUGAAACUUUCUGGGAUUGGACUUAUUGUCUGUUCUACAACCCAUAUGUAUUCCUCCCUCUACCUCUCUUUCCCAAGUUAUUUCCACCAUAGUGUGAUGUUUUGGGUUGUACAUUUUUGUUCAAAUGAUUAAAGAAUUUAUGAGCUGGC